GUAACUACUGCGUUUCAGUCGCUUUUCAUCAAGCUCAUCGGUCGCAAUUGCAACAGUACAAGUGCAAUAUGUUUCUGUUAUUAGUCCUCGCGGUGUUAGCGUUAUUGUACUAUUUGUACAUCAAACCAUUAUGGCAUUGGAAAAGCAGAGAUGUCCUGUUCGAAAAUCCUAUCCCUGUGUUUGGAAACAUGAUGAAACCUACUCUAAAAAUGGAACAUAUCACUACACUUAUUCAUAGGAUGUACAACAACUACAAAGAUUCACCGUAAUUCCUUGAUACUUUGGAAUUCUGAAUUUUCAAAACCCAAUUUUAGUUUUAAAAGAUCCUAAAUUGAUCAAACGAGUCAUGGUGAAAGAUUUUGACGUAUUUUCCCGCCACCUCGCAAUGGCCGAUGAGAAAAUCGAUCCGCUUUGGAGUAAAAAUUUAUUUUCUAUUCAAGAUGUUCAUAAAUGGCGUCACCUUCGAGCAACGCUAUCUCCUACAUUUACAGCUAAUAAAUUAAGAAUGAUGUUUGAUUUAAUGCAAGAAUGUGCCAAAAACUUUACAAAACACUAUCUCGAACAGGAAGACGAGGUUUUUGAGGUGGAUAUUAAAGAUGCUUUCCGGCGUUAUGCUACUGACGUAAUUGCAACAACUGCUUUUGGAAUUACAUGCAACUCAUUGAAAGAUCGAAACAACGAAUUUUAUAUAAUGGGCCUGGACGCUAGUAAUUUCGAUGGCAUUCGGUUUCUUAAGUUUCUGUUGUACAGCAUAAGUCCUUUACUGACAAAGAUACUAAGACUGGGGAUCUUUAGCAAAACAGUUUCCAAUUUCUUCAGAAAAAUAGUCUCCGACAAUAUCCGAAUGCGCAAAGAACAGAACAUCAUCAGACCCGACAUGAUACAUCUUCUAAUGGAAGCAAGAAAAGGAAAGUUGAAGAAAGAAAAAUCGGAACCAGUAGAUCUAGAAGCAGAUAGUUUUGCGGCGGUAGAUGAAUCAGAAAUAAUAAAAAAGGAAACUGACUGGCAAAUGGAAAUUACUGACGAAGAUAUCACAGCUCAGGCAAUGGUGUUCUUUUUAGGCGGUUUUGAUACUACAUCCAGCAUGAUGAGCUUUGCCAUUGCGGAGCUUGCUGUAAAUCCUGAAAUUCAACAGAAGUUAGACAAAGAAAUAAGCGACGUCUUCGAAAAUACGGGAGGAAAAAUAAAAUAUGAAGAUAUUAACCGAAUGAAAUAUCUGGACAUGAUCAUAUCAGAAACGUUGAGAAAAUGGACCCUCGCGAUACUUUUGGAUAGGCAAGCCGUAAAACCGUACACUAUUUACCAUGACAAUGGAAAACAACCUUUGAAAUUAAAUGAAGGUGAUGUCGUGUGGAUUCCUACCUACUGUAUACACAGAGAUCCCGCAUAUUUUCCAGACCCCGAAAAAUUCGAUCCAGAAAGGUUCAGCGAUGAACGAAAACAUGAAAUAAAACCAUUUACUUAUUUACCAUUCGGAGCGGGUCCAAGAAAUUGUAUCGGUUCACGAUUUGCACUUUUGGAAGCGAAGAUUGCUCUGUUUAGCAUUCUGAUUCAUUUUGAAGUUGUGCCAACUAAAAAAACUAUCCUGCCUUUAAAGUUAAAUGAAAAAGCAGUAACACUGCAACUUGAAGGAGGAUUCAUAUUUGGUCUUAAAAAGAAGAAAGCAAAUAUGGGCAAUUAUCUAAUAUGUUGAAUAGAAUUUUAUGGUAGAAAGUACCUACCAAUUUCGUUAUAAUUACAUUAGGUUUAUAUAGAAAUAAUAAACUUACACCAAUAAAUUAUUUAUUAAUAUUAA